CCUCACUCGCACACAAGUCCACGGAACCCAGCCCCCUCUCUCUCUCCACCCACGGAACCCUGGCCCCUUUUUCUUUCUCUCUCCCAGCCAACAGCAGCAGGAGGCCAGGAGCCACCGCCCAGUGCCCAGCGCCGUCGUCGCCGACAAACUCGUCUCCUCAGCCAGCGUCCAGCCUCGCCGUCGCCGAUCCUCUUCUCCUGGAUCCCAUCUCCUCGCGUCGCUAGGUCUCAUCGCCGAACGAGUGGACGGUGCUGUCGCCGCCGGGCGGAACUGACCGUGGUGGUAUUAGGAAUCAUCGCCUGUGGAAGCUCAACCCCGCAGCCCCGUCGCCUGUGGAAGCUCGGCGCCGUCGCAGGAGCUUGACGUCGUCCCCUCUGUUGGAGCGCUGGAGCGCGCUCUCUGUGUUCACCGUGCCUCCGUCACCGUGUCCUAAUUCUUGUGAUUACAGAUACUUUGGUAGUUGAUGAUUAUGCCAAGCUAGAAUGAUCAGAGGGAAAUAAUGAUCAACAUUCCAAUUUGAGGUUCUGAAAACCGGACCGGUUAUCAAUCCGUUCUAGUCACUGGUUUAUUAGUUCACAGGUUCAACCGGUCUAACCGUGGUUCAACCGGUAAAACCGUUUUAUAAAUUCUUCAAAUUAUACGAAACUGAAUUCUUCAAACCCCCCUUUGACUGUAGCAGUGUUCAAAUUGGUACCAAAUCAAAACCCUAGUUCCUCCUCAACCGUUCUGCUGCCGUGCCGCCGCCGUCCGUGUUGUCGGCCUCCGCUUCUUCCUCCUUCCCCGUGUCCUGAACCCAGGCUCUCUUUUGUAGCUCUGCACGUCGUCCCCAUCCUCCCUGACUUCUCUGUUCGAGGCUUGGAGCAGCUCGCCAUCGGGUCACCGCUCGCCAUCCUUCUCUCCGUCGAAGGUUGAAUAAGGACUUUGCCACGUUGAUAUAUCAGAGAGAAGAUCACGCAGUUGAUCAAUGAGUAUCUUUAGGUGGAUGAAUGGUCAGCAUUUAAGGGCACGACCAUCACAGGAAGUGACCCAAUUUAUUGGAGAUCGCUGGAAGGCAUCUGACUUAUUCAUAGUAUCAGCAGGGCCCUUUGUUGAUCGGUACGUGCUGAGAAUAUUCAUAUCAUUGAAACACAUUACGGCAAAUGUUGUGGAUAGAAACCAUGGUCAUGUUGUAGCAACCUCCUCCACAGCGGAGCACUCCAUUAAACAGUCACUUGAGAGUGGCCGGUCCUGCAAUGCGAAAGCAGCUGCUGUUGUUGGGGAGAUAUUGGCCAUGCGUCUCAAAGUUGAAGGACUUAAGGAUGGACAAGGAAGAGGAAUUUAUGUCAAUGUAACUAAGGAAAUAAAGAAGAAGGGAUUUAAGAGCCAAACCAAGGUUUGGGCUAUUGUUAAUGCCCUUAAAAACAAUGGUGUUAAACUCAUAGAUGAAGAUGAUGGUAAUGAUUCUUCUCCUAGUCAUUCAUAAGAUGUCUUUUGUAUAUCUAUAAAUAUAUUAGAAUGUUUUUGUAUCCAAUGAUAAUAUAGGAAUGCAGUGAUUUUUGUACUAAGAACAUCUUUUCAAUAUACAAAUACACCUAUCUUCUGCUGUUAUAUUGAUAGUAAAUGUAAAUCAGAAUAAUGUGUA